GGCCCGGCCGCCGCUUCCCUCCUGCGGCAGCGGAGGGCCGCCCUGCGCCGCAAGGGCUGCAGCUUCGAGGCUCCCAGCACUUUAUUCCAGUUCCCCGGGUCUCUGAUGGAGCAGCUAGGAGGGGAAUCCUGCGAAAAUCAGGGAGCUCCAACCGUUCCAUGGAAAGCACAGUCGUCUCCAUCCUUUGGCAUCCAGCCCCCCCAGGCCUGGCAAACGGAAGAUCCUGAGCUGGAGUCACAGGUCAACCUCUCCGUUUCGGAAGACCUAGGCUGCAGACGUGGAGAGUUCAGUCGAAAACAUUAUGGAUCUGUGGAGCUGCUCAUUUCCAGUGAUGCUGAUGGAGCUAUUCAACGAGCUGGGAGAUUCAGGGUGGAAAAUGGGUCUUCUGAUGAGAAUGCAACUGGCUUGCCAGGUAUCUGGCGUAGAACAGAUGUCCACCUGGAAAACCCAGAAUAUCACACCAGGUGGUAUUUCAAAUAUUUUCUAGGAAAAGUUCAUCAAAAUUACGUUGGUACUGAUGCCGAAAAGAGCCCUUUCUUUUUGUCUGUAGCACUUUCUGACCAAAAUAAUCAGCGUGUUCCUCAAUAUCGUGCAAUCCUUUGGAGGAAAACAGGUUCCCAGAAAAUAUGCCUUCCUUACAGCCCCACAAAAACCCUCUCAGUGAAGUCCAUUUUAAGUGCCAUGAAUCUUGACAAAUUUGAGAGGGGUCCUAGAGAAAUUCUUCAUCCUGAGAUACAAAAGGAUUUACUAGUUCUUGAAGAACAAGAGGGCUCUGUGAAUUUCAAGUUUGGAAUUCUUUAUGCCAAAGAUGGGCAACUCACUGACGAUGAAAUGUUCAGCAAUGAAACUGGAAGUGAAACCUUCCAAAAAUUAUUGACCCUUUUGGGUGACACUAUUACAUUAAAGGGCUGGACUGGCUAUCGAGGGGGACUGGACACCAAAAAUGAUACCACAGGAAUAUAUUCUGUUUAUACUGUGUACCAAGGACAUGAGAUCAUGUUUCAUGUUUCAACCCUGCUACCCUACUCUAAGGAGAACAAGCAGCAAGUAGAAAGGAAGCGACAUAUUGGAAAUGACAUUGUUACCAUUGUAUUCCAGGAAGGAGAAGAAUCUUCUCCAGCAUUUAAGCCUUCCAUGAUCCGCUCUCACUUUACUCAUAUUUUUGCCUUAGUGAGGUAUAAUCAGCAAAACAACAACUACAGGCUGAAAAUAUUUUCAGAAGAAAGUGUGCCUCUUUUUGGUCCACCUUUGCCAUCCCCACCUGUGUUUACAGAUCAUCAAGAAUUCAGGGACUUUUUGCUAGUGAAAUUGAUAAAUGGUGAAAAAGCCACCUUGGAAACCCCAACAUUUGCCCAGAAGCGACAGCGGACUCUAGACAUGCUGAUUCGAUCGUUAUAUCAGGAUUUGAUGCCUGAUCUUCAUAAGAACAUGCUUAAUAGAAGAUCAUUUAGUGACGUCUUACCAGAAUCACCUAAAUCAGCACGGAAGAAAGAGGAAGCUCGUCAGGCAGAGUUUGUAAGGAUUGGUCAGGCACUGAAGCUGAAAACCAUUGUAAGAGGGGAUGCUCCAACUAGCUUGGCAACCUCGGGGCUCUGUAGAAAAGAGCCUUGGGAGCCCCAGUGUUUCUGCAAUAAUUUUCCUCAUGAAGCUGUAUGCGCAGAUUCCUGGGGCCAGGCCUUGCUGGUCUCCACAGAUGCUGGCGUCUUACUAGUAGAUGAUGGCCAACCUUCAGUACAAGUAUUUGACAAAACCUUGCAAUUCAAGCAGAUGCAUGUGCUGGAAUCUUUGGACCUUCUGAUUACUAGAGCAGACAAAGGGAAAGAUUCCCGCCUCUUCGUCUUCAGGUUGAGCACUGUGAGGAAAGGCAUAGAGGACAAACAGGUGGCAAAGAGCAAGAGUGACUGCAGAGAAAAUAAACUUGAGAAAACAAAAGGCUGCCACUUGUAUGCCAUUAACACUCACAACAACAAUGAACUAAGGAUCAUUGCUGCUAUUCGAAACAAACUACUUCUCAUCACAAGAAAAUACAAUCAACGGAGUAGUUUAACUGGUAUUUCAUUACUGUCACCUCUGUCCGAGUCACCUGUAGAAGAAUUCCAGUAUAUCAGGGAGAUAUGUCUGUCUGACCCUCCUGUGGUGAUGACCCUAGUGGAUGGUCCUACCGAAGAAAAUGACAAUAUGAUAUGUGUGGCAUAUCGGCAUCAAUUUGAUUUAAUUAAUGAGAGCACUGGAGAGUCCUUCAGGCUUCAUCACAUUGAUGCAAGCAGAGUUAAUUUUGUUGCAGCUAUUGAUGUGUAUGAAGAUGGAGAAGCUGGCCUACUGUUAUGUUACAACUAUAUUUGCUACUAUAAAAAGGUCUGCCCUUUUAAUGGUGGCUCUCCUUUGGUCCAACCCUCAGCAUCAGAUUUCCACUUUAGCUGGAACCAGGUUCCUUAUGCUAUUGUUUGUGCUUUCCCAUACAUUCUGGCCUUCACCACUGACUCCAUUGAGAUUCGAUUGGUGGUGAAUGGAAACCUGGUCCACACAGCUGUGGUGCCCCAACUUCAACUUGUGGCCUCAAGGUCCGACAUAUACUUUAAAGCUACAGCAGCAGUUGACAAUUCAUCCAGGGAGAGCUCCAGGGAGGCCAGUGCCCACAAUUCUCCUCAGACCCCCACAGGCCACGAAAUGCCGAUGCUUCCAUUUUCCCUGGGGGAAGGUGAGAUUCAGUUUAAAAAUCUGUACAAGAUACCUCUCAGAAACCUUGUUGGCAGAAGCAUUGAACGACCGCUAAAAUCACCCUUAGUCCCCAAGGUCAUCACCACCCCAACGUCAGUCGGUAUUUCAGCCAUUCCCGUUACUCACUCUUUGUCUCUUUCCCGAAUGGAAAUUAAAGAAAUAGCAAGCAGGACACGUAAAGAACUUCUAGGCCUCUCUGACGAAGCAGGGCCUAAGUCAGAACUGGUCCAGAAACAAAAGAAGACCCCUCGAAAACGACCUGGUGGAGACCCCAAGCGGGGAGCAAUUCGAUCCACUAGCAGUGACAGGAUCAUAUCAGGCUCUUUUGAAAAACCUCCUUCUGAAAGUAAUUCUGAUGGACGCCACCUUUCAACAAGCUCCGACCCUGAUACUUCCGCGAACAGAGAGGAAAGUCCACCAUCCUGCAGUCCAUUUCAACUCACCACUUCCUUUGAUGAAGACAUUGUGGACUUGAAGUAAAAGACAGUCUUAAGAUGCUGUUGGCCAUCUUGUUUUUCUUACACUGCUUUGUACUUUGUAGGAAAGUUCUGACACCACUUCUGGUCAGAAAAUGGCAAAAAGGAGUUUGGACCAACUAGUUCUGGCACAUUUGGCCAGUUUGGAUAAUAUUUCUUAAUAUUUUGUGCCAUCUUGAUUUAUAUGUUCUCAGUUGAAGAACCAUCGGUCCCUCAUAAUAAAGGUGGUAGAUUUAAUUGAGAUUUUUUAAGUUGAAACUUUUAAGAAAAUAAAUGUGUAUA